GUCGCAGGGAGAAGGGAGAAGGGAGAAGGGAGAAGGUCGAUAGUCGACGAGUUCGAUACGGACAGAUGAAUUGAAGGACGGGCGUAUGAAAAAAAAAAACAGAAAAAAGACGUCAGCUAACGAUUCGGCAGGCAUGCGGCGCGCGGGAGAUGAGGCGGGUGAGAAGGAUGGGGAGGGGUGGGACGGCGAGUAGGAGGGAUGGCAAGUGUGGGACGGCGAGUGGGAAGUGGAGGGAUGGGCGCAGGGAAGGGAAGGGAUGGGCAAAAUCGACCGUCAGUCGAUCGGAAGAGGGCGAAUAGAAAUCGACCCGCGGUCGAUCGGAAGAGGGGAGGGCGAGUAGAAAUCGCCCUCCAGUCGAUCGGAGAAGGGCGCGAAGGGACGGAGCGCCCAAGGCGAGCGAAAAAAAAGGGUCGACGCAGGGCGAGCGAAGGGACGGAGCGUCCCAAGGCGAGCGAAAGGAAAGGGCGUGGAAGGGGGAUGGGCAAAAUCACCAAAACCCAGAAUAAUAAUAUGAAACAAGAACAAAAAACCCCUCAUUCUUCCCAACCCCCCCUCCAUCGACACCACCCAAAAAAACCAAAACCCACCUUAACCCCCGCCAACUUCACACCCGCCCCCGCACCCUCCGGCCGGCCGUCGAGGUGCGCGAGGUGCCGCGCGAGGUGGGGGUAGGAUCUUAGGGGAGGGUUGUUAGUUGAUGUUUUUUUUGUUUAUGGAGCGUUGGGGAAAG